AACCGCCCCCGCCCUCCCUCUCGAAUCCCCAGCAAACCUCUCCCGCGAUUUAGUCCGGACAAUCGUCAGCACCGCUGCAUUUCAUCCGACGAGCCGGAAAUUGCUCGGAGACCUUCGCCGCGCGCCUAGGUUUCCCCCGGCACUUGCCCAGAUCCGCGACGACCUGCGGCGAUUUGUCGCUCAUGAGCGCCUGUAGAGCGGAUCGCUUGCUAGUUUUCCCAGUAAUUUCGGCUCUAAUUCCAGGUGGCCACGGUCCGAGGGGAGGCGGAUGAACAGGAGCGUGUGCCACCACCUGCUCGCCCAGUGCAGAUCCCUGCGAGAGCUCGAGAGAAUCCACGCCCGGGCCGUCACCCAUGGCCUCCACCCGUGUAACCAGUCCAUCUCGUGUAAGCUCUUCCGGUGCUACGCCGACUUCGGCCGCCCCGCCGAGGCGCGCCGGCUGUUCGGCGAGAUCCCCUGCCCGGACCUCGUCUCCUUCACCAGCCUCAUGUCGCUCCACCUCCAGCUAAACCAGCACCAUGAGGCCAUGUUCACGUUCUCGCGCGCCAUCGCCUCCGGUCACCGCCCUGAUGGCUUUGUGGUUGUCGGCGCUCUCUCGGCGUCUGGCGGGGCUGGGGAUCUUUGUGCUGGUUUGGGGGUGCAUGGCCUGAUUUUCCGUUGCGGGUUGGGCUCAGAGUUGGUCGUCGGCAAUGCUCUGGUUGAUAUGUAUUGCCGGUGCGGGAGGUUUGAGGGCGCGCUAGGGGUGUUUGAUGAAAUGGCGGUGAAAGACGAGGUCACCUGGGGCAGCAUGCUGCAUGGGUAUAUGAAGUGUGUCGGUGUGGACUCAGCGUUGUCCUUCUUUGACCGGAUGCCGGUGAAGAGCAUGGUUUCCUGGACGGCGUUGGUGACCGGCCAUGUUCAGGCCAAGCAGCCUAUCCGAGCUCUAGAAAUUUUUGGUAGGAUGGUGCUGGAAGGUCACCGCCCCACACAUGUUACAAUUGUAGGUGUGCUGUCUGCUUGCGCUGACAUUGGCUCUCUAGAUCUUGGGCGUGUCAUUCAUGGGUAUGGAAGUAAAUUCAAUAUCAGCACAAAUAUAAUUGUUAGCAAUGCUCUGAUGGACAUGUAUGCAAAGAGUGGAAGUAUAGAGAUGGCAUUUGCCGUGUUCGAAGAAGUGCCCUUGAAGGACGCAUUCACAUGGACAACCAUGAUCUCGAGCUUCACUGUCCAGGGUGAUGGGAUAAAAGCUCUUGAGCUCUUUGAGGACAUGCUAAGGUCUGGGAUUGUUCCAAAUAGUGUCACCUUUGUGUCUGUUUUGUCAGCCUGCAGCCAUGCUGGGUUAAUACAGCAAGGCAGAGAGUUAUUUGAUAAAAUGCGUAGGAUCUACAACAUUAAACCGCAGCUUGAGCACUAUGGAUGCAUUGUUGAUUUGUUAGGACGGGGUGGGCUACUAGAGGAAGCAGAAGCCCUGAUAUAUGAUAUGGAUGUGGAACCUGAUACUGUUAUAUGGAGGUCACUUCUUAGUGCAUGCCUAGUUCAUGGCAAUGAUAGAUUGGCUGAGAUUGCUGGGCAGGAGAUUAUAAAGAGAGAACCAGGGGAUGAUGGGGUUUAUGUGCUUCUUUGGAACAUAUACGCCUCAUCAGAUAGGUGGAAACAAGCUCUGGAUAUAAGAAAACAAAUGCUGACAAGGAAGAUCUUCAAAAAACCAGGGUGUAGUUGGAUUGAAGUCGAUGGUGGUGUCCAUGAAUUCUUGGUACAGGACAAGGCACAUGAUGCUCGAAGGGAAAUUUAUGACACCUUGGAAGGAAUUGAUAGGCAGUUAAAGAUGGAUCUUAGAUCAUCCCCACUGGAAGAGAACUCAUUAAUCUGUGUGGAUGAGGAACUCUUAUUCUAAAUAUGUAUACUGGCCAUUUCUUCAUUAAUAACUUAUAAGAUAUUUUCUGAGUUCCUGAGAUAGUCUUGUGUCUUAUCCCAGAAUUUUUGGAUUUUGUACCAAAUACUGUUAUUAAUGUACUGUUCAUAUAUUGUUAUGCCUUGUCUUGUAAUUAUCAGUGCCUUUUUCUGUAUUAUGCUUAAAACUUGAAGUAAAUGCACUGUAUUUUUCUGUUUGAUUGGGGUUUCACGUGCUGUGGAGUCAUUAGCAUUCAUAAGUUAUCCACUUUAAAAGCAUGCGAUACUUCCAUUGGUUGUUGAUAUUUGAUAAAAGAAGAGUAGAUAGGUAGUCCAGUUAUGCACAUGUUUGCAAUCAUUUUCGGCUAUCUUGUUUUGUUCUGUUUGUAUUCCGUACCUAUGAAUGUUUCAUCAAGUUGCUUGCCUUGUAAUAAACACCACUUCUAACUUUCUCUUUCACCUA